AUGGCCAACUCAGGCGCCUGGCAUGCGCAACCAGCGGAGCCUGGCUUCAAUAACAUACUUGCGCCCAACGAGCGCCAACCUCUCACCGUUGCUGAGAUCGAGCAUGAGGCAAAACUCAAGUUACCAAAGAACGUAUACGACUUUUACGCUGGCGGUUCCGACCGGGAGAAGCACUGGCCGAAAACACCAGUGCAUUCGACAGUCUUCUUCGGAUGGACGAGCACCCUUCCCAUUGGUAUUGCGCCCAGCGCGAUGCAGAAACUGGCCGGCGGCGAUGGCGAGCUCGACGUCGGCCGCGCGGCCGACGUGGCUCGAACCCGGCAUGUCCACGCGUCCACCCCGCCCGUUUGGAUACAGCUCUACCUCUACCAAAAGAACGAGAAGAGCGUGCCCCUGAUUCGCAGGGCCGAAGACGCAGGCUACGAAGCUUUGGUCCUGACGGUGGACACCCCGGUUUUGGGAAACCGUCUGGCGGAGCGACGAGUGCCCGUCGUGCUGCCACCCGGCAUAGGUCUGCCCAAUCUACCAGGGGGCGCAAAGGCAACAGGAAAGCCCAGCAUAAACCGUCGGCUGAUGAACGCGGGAUCCGCCAAUGAGGCUCGGGAGAUCAUCGAGAGCGCCGAGGGCGGAACGCAUAGCUCGAGUCUCACGUGGGAAGGCACCAUGGCCUUUCUCCGCCGCACGACGCGCAUGAAGGUAAUCCUCAAGGGCAUAAUGACAGGCGAAGAUGCCAAGCUCGCAGUACAGCACGGCGCAGACGCCAUCAUCGUGUCGAACCACGGUGGUCGCCAGCUCGACAGCGCAAGCUCCACGAUCGAGGCCCUGCCCGAGAUCGUGGAAGCCAUGCGGGGUCGGAUACCUGUCAUAUUCGACGGCGGCAUCCGCACGGGCUCGGAUGUCUUCAAGGCCCUGGCACUCGGGGCCGACUUCGUUCUGGUCGGGCGGCCGGCGCUCUGGGGCCUGGCCUACGCGGGUCGUGAGGGGGUGGAAGUCGUGAUGCAGAUCCUGGAGCGCGAGCUGAGUCGUACGAUGGCUUUGGCCGGAGUUUCUCGAGUGCGGGAUAUUCGAAGGUCGCAUCUAGGUGUUCGAUCCGCAGAUUCGUUUGGGAUAGCAAAGCUGUAG